ACGAGGUGGGUGGAAAGACGCGGCUAGCUGCUAUAGAGCUAGUAUUUAUGAUCUGUGUAGUGUGUGUGUAUUUAAGUUACUCCCUGCAUUCUGGAUUAUGUGUAUUACAGUGUUCUGUACUGCAUUAAACUGCUGUUAAACAGACAGAUGGAUGACCUGCUUCUAGUUGGAGAGUAAAGCUAUCGGGUGACCAGAGAGAAAGAAUGCCACGCACUAGGAGAGCCUACGACUGUAAAACACAGACGGCUCCUGUGACUCCAGACACAGCUGACUGCUGGAUGUUUCGGAGAAGACAGAAAAUCCAUCUUUUGUUUUCCUCAUUUUUAAUGCAUUCCAUUAGAGAGAGACAGCACAUCUAAAUCUACAUUUCAUUUUUAUUGCUUCAAGGAACUUUUGGGGGAAAAAAAGCUACACAAUGAACAUCCUCUCAGCCAUUAUCGUAUUCGAAAACCUCCAUGAGGUUAGGCGGCUCUGUCACUGGGGUCCGAUCAUUGCACUUACUGUCAUUGCUGUGUGCUCAUCCAUGGCCAUGCUGGACUCAAUUAUCUGGUACUGGCCCUUGGACACCACAGGCGGCAGCAUUAACUUCAUUAUGCUCAUCAACUGGACGGUCCUGAUUCUCUACAACUACUUCAAUGCCAUGUUUGUGGGCCCUGGAUAUAUUCCUCUAGAGUGGAAACCGGAAAAUCAACAAGACGCAAUGUACUUACAGUUUUGUAGAGUGUGUCAAGGUUUUAAAGCUCCAAGGUCUCAUCACUGCAGAAAGUGCAACAGGUGUGUGAUGAAGAUGGAUCACCAUUGCCCAUGGAUCAACAAUUGCUGUGGACAUCUGAAUCAUGCUUAUUUCACUACAUUUCUCCUGCUGGCCCCAUUGGGAUGCAUACAUGCUGCUUUCAUCUUUAUUAUGACAAUGUACACUCAGCUAUAUGACCGGAUCUCUUUCGGCUGGAGCUCAGUAAAGAUAGACAUGAGCGGUACGCGACACAUCCACAAUCCUAUAAUGCCGUUCAGUGUGGCAGCUUUUGCAGCCACCCUCUUUGCCCUGGGUCUGGCACUUGGCACCACUAUUGCUGUGGGCAUGCUGUUUUUUAUACAGAUUAAAGUGAUUAUGCGAAACAAAACCUCAAUUGAAGUUUGGAUUGAGGAGAAGGCCAAAGACAGAAUCCAAUACUACCAAACUGGAGAGGAGUUCAUCUUCCCCUAUGACCUGGGUAGUCGAUGGGAGAACUUUAAGCAGGUGUUCACCUGGUCUGGAACCCCAGAUGGAGAUGGCGUUGAGUGGCCUGUGAAUGAGAAGUGCCACCAGCAUACUCUAACUAUUGAGCAGCUGAAGCAAAAAGCAGACAAGCGAGUGAGAAGUGUUCAGUACAGAGUUGUGGAGGGCUAUAACGGGGCUUGCUGCCCACUGGGUAAAGGAAUAAACACGUUCCUUAGGACACCCUGUACAGAAGAACCCAGGAUCCAUCUGACUAAAGGAGAGACCAUCUUUGCCACACGAGGAACGAAGUGGUGGAUGUAUGGGGACAAAGUUUUGGAUGAGGAACAGACAAAAGCUGGGGUUCGUGUUCGAGGUUGGUUUCCACGCCGUUGUGUGGAGAAGUGUCUCUACGACUCUGCCAACAACACAACGACAGAUGAAGAGAAGAAGGAACAGUAACGUGAGGACUGACUGACAGUGCUCUGCGCUGUAUACGCGAGAGUACGUCCUGUGCUCUUAUUCUACUGACUGGGCGCCUUAUUGUACUUCUGUUCAUUGCCAAUGCUUGAGAUACCCAUGUUACAGGAAGCAGAUAUGCAAUUAUCUGAGCGUUCCAGGGUUGUGUGUUUUCUCUCUGGAACGUUUUAAGGGCAGUUCUAGUAGGUCUGCACAACCAGAUGCUAAAGCAAAGAACUCUAUAAAAACCAGCAAAUUCUGCUUCCUUAAGUGAACUUGUGUACCUCUGUAACAUCUCCAAAGACGAGCUGAUAAAUGAAUGGUGGGUGGGAGGGAAACCAUAAUUUUACACUGAGCUGGUAAUCGGGGGGCGUACUAUACUGAACGUUUACUUGAAUUAGUUGUUUUCUCUCUUUCUCUUUCUCUUUUCUCUCUUGAUGUCCACACUGUUUAUGCAAUGCCUUUGCCAGUUGUAACAAGUUCUUAGUCAUGCAAUUUCUCUGUAUUCUUUGUAGAGAAAAAUACUUUAAUUUUAUUUUUGAUUAUUUUUGUAAAACUGAUGUCAACCUCACAAUACAGAUUUCAAAAACAAGUAAACAAAUCUUCUCUGAACAAUAA